AUGGCCGCCGCCGCCUCUGUGACAGGCCCGGUCACGUGGGCGCCGCCGCCUAUGAGGUCGCUGGGGCUUGGCCGGCGAUUGUCCCUUCCCGGGCCCCGUCCCGAGGCGGUGACAGCCCUUGUCAACCGGAGCCUGAGCGAUCAUGGCAACGGGCUCGGGCGGGGAGCGCGCGGCAGCGGUGGCGGCGGCGGCAGCGGCGGCAGUUUGGUCGCGGGCCGGGGCGGCGGAGCGGCGGCGGCGGCGGUGGCAGUGGCGCUGGCACCGGCCCUGAGCGCCAUGCAGCGGGACGGCUCCGAGAGGGAGCUGGCGGCCGGGCAGGAGGCGGCGGCGGAGCAGGGCCGCGUGGACGCGGGCGCGUCCGGGGAGCCGGAGCGCACGGCGAGGGAGGAGCAGGCCAAGGCCCCGACCUCGGCCCCUGCGCAGCCCCGCGUGGCCGAGGAGGGCGACGCCCGCGUCCUCCCGCGGCCGCUGCCCGGGUCCUCGCCGCAGCCGGCGCCCGCGCGGGGCCUCUGGCCGCACGGGAAGCCCAGGAGCAAGGGCCGGAGCUGCAAGCGGAGCUCGGGCCGCGGGCUGGACGAGUUCCCCCCUUUGCGGCCGGUCACCGUGGACAGCUCCAAAGCCAGGACCUCCCUGGACGCGCUCAAGAUCAGCAUUCGUCAGCUCAAGUGGAAGGAGUUCCCUCUGGGCCGCCGCUUGCCCUGUGACAUCUACUGGCAUGGUGUUUCGUUUCACGACAGUGACAUAUUCUCCGGUCAAGUGAACAAGUUUCCAGGCAUGACGGAGAUGGUGCGUAAAAUUACUCUGAGCAGAGCAGUGAGAAUCAUGCAGAAUCUCUUUCCUGAUGAGUACAGCUUCUACCCUCGCUCAUGGAUUCUGCCUGACGAGUUCCAGCUCUUUGCUGCUCAGGUUCGAAUGGUGAAAGAUGGCGACCCCUCCUGGAAGCCAACUUUUAUUGUGAAACCUGAUGGUGGUUGUCAGGGUGAUGGAAUCUACCUCAUUAAAGACCCCAGUGACAUCCGCCUGACAGGGACCCUCCAGCGCAGGCCGGCAGUGGUCCAGGAGUACAUCUGCAAACCUCUCCUUAUCGACAAGCUCAAGUUUGACAUCCGCCUGUAUGUCUUACUGAAGUCCCUAGACCCCUUAGAGAUUUACAUAGCCAAAGACGGACUCUCUAGAUUUUGUACAGAGCCCUAUCAGGAGCCCACCCCCAAAAACCUGCACCACAUCUUCAUGCACUUAACCAACUACUCACUGAACAUCCACAGCCGCAACUUUGUCCACUCGGACAGCACGAGCACAGGCAGCAAAAGGACUUUUUCUAGCAUUCUCUGUAGGUUGUCUUCCAAAGGCGUUGACAUCAAGAAGGUCUGGUCUGAUAUCAUCUCCUUGGUGAUUAAGACCGUCAUUGCUCUGACUCCAGAGCUCAAAGUUUUCUACCAGUCGGACAUCCCUGCAGGGAGGCCGGGGCCCACGUGCUUCCAGAUUUUAGGCUUUGACAUUCUUCUAAUGAAAAAUCUGAAGCCUAUACUACUUGAAGUUAAUGCAAAUCCCAGCAUGAGAAUCGAACAUGAGCAAGAACUCUCUCCAGGGGUGUUUGAAUAUGUCCCCAGCCUUGUCGAUGAAGAAGUGAAAGUGGCCGUAAUCAGAGACACCCUGCGCCUCAUGGAUCCACUGAAGAAGAAAAGAGAGAACCAGUCUCAGCAGCGGGAGAACCCGUUAGCCGGAAAGGAGGGUCCUUCCAGCAGUGAUGUGGCCAUCACCUCCGGAGGCAACCUCAAUCCCGAAGCCCACCUGCCCUCCAUCUGCCUCAAGCAGGUCUUCCCCAAGUACGCCCAGCAGUUCAACUACCUGCGCCUGGUGGACAGGAUGGCAAACCUGUUUAUCCGGUUCCUGGGAAUCAAGGGGACAACGAAGCUGGGACCAACCGGCUUUCGCACCUUCAUAAGGAAUUGCAAGCUCAGCAGCAGCAGCUUGUCCAUGGCGGCCGUGGACAUCCUCUACAUCGACAUCACGAGGAGAUGGAACUCCAUGACCCUGGACCAGCGGGAUUCAGGGAUGUGCCUGCAGGCCUUCAUAGAGGCUUUCUUUUACCUGGCUCAGAGGAAGUUCAAGAUGCUGCCCCUCCACGAGCAGGUGGCCUCGCUGAUCGACCUGUGUGAAUACCACCUGUCCCUGCUGGACGAAAAGCGGCUGGUGUACGGCCGCAGCGGCGGGUCAGGGACCCAGGAAGCCAGUGGCACGUCCCAGGAAGCCAGCCCGGCAGCCAGGCCAGCAGAGGGCCAGCUCCCGCCCUGCACAGGCAAGCCCUCCCAUUCCAAACAAGCCCUGUCCUGA